AUGGGGCGCUUCCCCGAGAUGAACGAGCUGCAUCGGACAGGAGGGAAACUUUUCGAUGCUGACGACAACUUAGUCCCGGCAUCAGACUCAAUUAUCUUCCCCGACGUGAAGUGCUUCACGGCUGAUGGCAAGGAGCACGACCUCGUGCAGAUCUUGAGAGGGAAGGUGACGUGUGUCACUGUCUUCAUGCGAGACUUUGCGAGACCGAUGCUCAAGUCGUGGGAAGAGCACAUAGACGAAGUGAAGCAGGAGUACCCUCAGUUGCAGGUGGUUCAGCUCUCGUUUGUGGAGGGGGUGGCCUACCGGCUGAUCAAGGGCUGGAUGAUCUCAUCUAUGAAGAAGAGGAUCCAACCGGACAAGCAUGAUCGGAUCCACAUGUGUUUCGGUUCUAGCGAUGAAUUCAGGAAGGCGCUCCACGUGAAGAACAGGCUGGUAGCAUACAUCUUCCUCGUGGACAGCCAAGGAAGGAUGCGUUGGCAAGCAGUCGGCUACCCGCUUCCACACGAGGCUCGCUUCAUGAGGAAAUCUGUCGGCAAGGUGGGAGCCGGAAAUGACAAGGGCAGAGGGGAGAAGCGCGCGAUUGUUUCAUUAUCCUCCAGCAAGACGUGA